UGGAGGUGAAUCGCAACGGCCUCGUCCCCGUCUCCAACCUCCACUCUCGUCGCAGCGGUUAUGGGAAGGUCGCAGACAAAGUCCGUCGCUCGUGUCUACGCAGAUGUUAACGCCAAACUGGGGCCGUCCUGGUACGAAUACGACAACCUGCAGGUACAGUGGGGCACUCAAGAUCAUUAUGAGAUAGUUAGGAAGGUCGGAAGGGGCAAGUACUCCGAGGUCUUUGAGGGUGUCAACAUUGUCAACGAAGAGAGGUGUAUCAUCAAGGUUCUCAAGCCCGUGAAGAAGAAGAAAAUAAAGCGAGAAAUCAAAAUUCUCCAGAACCUUGCUGGUGGACCGAACAUCAUCGCACUCCUCGACGUCGUUCGAGAUCCAUCAUCCAAAAUCCCCGCACUCAUCACGGAAUACAUCCACAAUGUCGACUUCAAGGUUCUCUACCCCAGGUUCAACGAUUUUGACAUCCGAUUCUACAUGUUCGAGUUACUCAAGGCUCUGGAUUUCUGUCACUCCAAGGGCAUUAUGCAUCGCGACGUGAAGCCUCACAACGUCAUGAUUGACCACGAACGUAGGACUCUUCGUCUAAUUGAUUGGGGUCUCGCCGAAUUUUACCACCCCAAGACAGAGUACAACGUCCGCGUUGCGUCGCGUUACUUCAAGGGGCCUGAGCUACUUGUAGACUUUCAGGAGUAUGAUUACAGUCUUGAUAUGUGGAGCUAUGGAUGCAUGUUCGCUUCCAUGAUAUUCCGCAAGGAGCCCUUCUUCCAUGGACACGACAACUACGACCAACUGGUCAAGAUUGCGAAGGUUCUCGGCACUGAAGGCCUAUAUCAAUACAUCGAGAAGUACGACAUCGCUCUCGAUCCUCAAUAUGACGACUUGAUCUCGAACUGGCCGAGGAAGCCCUGGACUCGCUUCGUCACCUCAGAGAACUCGAGGCUCGUCUCCAAUGAGGCCAUCGAUUUCCUGGACAAGCUGCUGCGAUACGACCACCAAGAACGUCUUACUGCCCGGGAGGCGCAGACACACCCAUACUUCGACAUGGUGAGGCGGGAUGCAGCACGCGUUGUUGAUAGCGACGGGUCGGGCGCGUGACACUGUACCGCAGUGAUGUCCUUGUGCUAUUCCAUAACUACUUUUCGUAAUGCGCUCACCAGUCCUAAUAGCUGUAUUACCACAUUAGAUUGUCAGAAUACGAUCUAUUGUAUACCUC